AUGGCAAAGAAUAAAAAUACCAAGAAGGAAGAGCUCAAGAAAGCAAAGCCUGCUGAAAAGAGCAAACCAGAGACCAAAGAAAUCGAAGAUGAGGAAGAAGAACAGUUUGACGAAUUAGUAAAUGAAGAGAUCAAUCCUUAUGAGGUUUUGGGAUUGGAUCAGUCCAAGUCGAAAGAGAUUACAGAACAAGAUAUUAAGAAAGCAUACAGAAGAAAGGCACUCACCACACAUCCAGAUAAGGCUACAAACGAGGAAGAAAAGGCGAUAUUUCACACCGAGUUCCAGAAAGUCGCGUUUGCAUACAGCGUACUAAGCGAUGCUGAGCGACGGAAGGUGUAUGAUCGCACUGGAAGCUUGAGUGAGGUGGAGUCAGAAGCCAGCUUCAGGGAUCUAUUUUCUGACCUGUGUAAAGCAGAAGUGUCCAAGGAACUGAUUGAACAAGAUAAGAAGGAAUAUAGAGAGAGUGGAGAGGAAGAGCAGGACAUUCUCAAGUACUACAAAGAAGGCAAGGGAGACAUGGAGUUUAUUUUUGAAAACGUCAUUCACAGCGAUGUCCUCGAAGACGAGGAGAGAAUUCGUGGAAUCAUUCAAAAGGCAAUCGAUGAAAAAGUUGUCCCUGCGUACUCCAAAUUUACAAAGGAAAGUGCUACCAGCAAGAAAAAGCGCAGACUGGCUGCAACAAAAGAAGCCCAAGAGGCUGAAGAGCUAGCAGAGGAGCUGGGUCUGAACAAAGCAAGAGCCAAAGCCAAUUCAGACGAAGAUGCAUUAGCAUUGCUCAUAAAAUCACGUCACCAGGACAAGUUCUCCAGUCUCAUAAACCAACUCGAAGCAAAGUAUGCAGAUGAGCCUAAAAAGAAGAAGAAGAAGAGCAAGAACUAA